AUGUGGCCUCGGAAAGUGGAGGAUACAGGCGCGCGCGACGAACUAUGGUUUUACGUUCAAUGCCGCGACAAAUCUUUAGAACGUGGUGUGAAGGCAGGCAUCGAUGCGUCACCGGGCGGCGGCGAGGCGCGGCGACGGCCUACGCACGUACUACAACCCAUAGGGCUGGGCUACCUGUGUUUGAGAGAAUAUUUUUUUUAUUACAUAUUUUCUCCUGCAGCAGUAAAUAAA